AUGACUUCAAAGUUUUACUACUUCGGCUUCGGGAGCAAUUUACUAGCCAAGAGAAUACACAUACAAAAUCCAACAGCAGUGCGGAUAGGUCCAGGGAAGCUGGAAGAUUAUCAACUCGAUUUUUUUACUAGCUCGCGUACUUGGCUUGGAGCGCCGGCAACAAUUGUGCCCAAGAAGGGCUCUUGUGUAUAUGGAGCUAUAUGGCAGAUUGAUAAUAGCAACUUAAAGGAUUUAGAUGAUCAAGAAGGUGUCUCACACGGCAUUUACGUACCCAUAACAGUAUCGGUAGUAGCUCUUAGCGAUUGCAAGCCGAUCGAAUGUCGCGCUUAUCAUUUAACAACACAACCAACAGGAGAUGUGAGAAGCAUAAAAGACGAGGAGAUACCCUACGAUCGACAGCCAUCGAAAACGUAUCUGAAAACUAUUUUGAAAGGCGCUGUGGAGACGCGCCUGCCUUCUGAUUACGUACAGUGGCUGCGUACCAUCAAACAUAAUGGCAAGAUGGUGGAAGUGUUGGAGAAAAAAUUAGAAUUGUAUGCUGUGGAGCUGUAAAGAGUAUGAGCUCAAGUUGGCGAUAAAAAAUAUUACUUAAA